AUGUCCGAGAUGAGAUCUGUUGCCUACUUUGUCAACUGGGCAAUCUAUGGUCGGAACCAUAAUCCGCAAGAUCUGCCCGCGGACAAGCUGACCCACAUUCUCUAUGCAUUCGCAAACGUCCGUCCCGAGAAUGGCGAGGUGUACUUGACCGACUCCUGGUCUGAUAUUGAGAAGCAUUAUCCCGAAGAUUCGUGGAACGAUGUCGGUACCAAUGUGUACGGAUGUGCCAAGCAGCUGUUCCUGCUCAAGAAGCAGAACCGUAAACUGAAGGUUUUGCUUUCCAUUGGUGGCUGGACUUACUCGGCGAAUUUCGCGCAGCCGGCUAGUACAGAGGAGGGUCGGGCGAAUUUCGCUGAGACGGCGACUCGCCUGGUUCUUGAUCUUGGGUUCGAUGGUCUUGAUAUCGAUUGGGAGUAUCCCAAAGAUGACACCGAGGCUCAGAACCUUGUUCUUUUGCUGCAGAAGUGCCGAGAGGUUCUUGACGCAGCGGCCGGCCCUGAACGUCAUUUCUACUUGACCAUCGCCUGCCCUGCCGGUAUGUUCAUGCCGGAUAUCUCCACGCCGGGCGCAAGCAACUAUGAGAAACUCCGACUGCCAGAGAUGACCCCACUGCUGGACUUCUACAAUCUAAUGGCCUACGAUUUUGCCGGAAGCUGGGACGGCAGCGCCGGCCACCAGGCCAACAUCGUCCCCUCAAACUCCAACCCUACAUGCACCCCAUUCUCCAUCGACGCCGCUCUGAGGCACUAUAUCAACGUCGGUGGCGUACCGCCCUCCAAGAUUGUCGUGGGCAUGCCUCUGUAUGGCCGUGCAUUUGAGAACACCGACGGGCCCGGCGCGCCAUUCUCCGGAGUCGGAGAAGGUAGUUGGGAGAAUGGCGUUUGGGAUUAUAAGGCGUUGCCGAAACCCGGCUCAGUGGAGCAGUUCGAUGUCGAAGCGGGGGCUUCGUUCUGUUAUGAUGACAGUUCGCGCUGUAUGAUUACCUACGAUACGCCUUACAUGGCGCAGAUCAAGACGACCUUUAUCCGGGAUCGUGGGUUGGGUGGUGCUAUGUGGUGGGAGAGUAGUGGUGAUAAGGGUGGCAAGGCGGCUGAUGCUGCGGAUGGAAGUUUGAUUGGUAUCUUUUUUGAUGGUGUAGGUGGUGAGGGGGCUUUGGAUCAGUCGCCCAAUGCUCUGGAUUUCCCGGAGAGCAAGUAUAACAAUGUGCAGGCUGGGUUCCCGGAUAAUUAG